GACAUUCCAGAUCGCCGGCUCAGUGAUAGGUGGGCAUAUUGCUUGUGGCGAGAAGGUAGAACUUCGAAUGUUCGAGCCGAAGCGGCUCUUUCGUCAGCUUCAUCGUCGUCCCACUUUCAGAUGCAUGUCAUCAAAGCCUGCCACUGCCCACCUCGCCAUGUGGCGUUGAAGAUCAUGCACUAUUCCAUUCGUGGGAGGCGUUUUAUGGUCGCCUGCGUGGCCCCCUACGACGGUGAGUAUAUAUUGCUGCCAAAGGAGGUCAGACCCGCCUUUUCGUCCGUCCGCCCAUCAAGACAGUCCAGAGUACGUCCGAAGUCGUCAAGAUCAAGCCGCCACCCACCCGUCUACGUCAAGGUUCGUGUCCAGUGGCAGCCUUCCCAUUUCCGCCUAUGCUAACUACAGGUCACUCUCGCAGAGUAGUGCUUGCAUCGCUGGGCUGUGAGCGUGAUCGGAAGCCAUUCCACCCAGCGAAACCGCCAACGAGACAAAUACAGUGAUGGUCGGCCUCUUCCGACGACUGCUAGGUCACGCAUGCGCGGGCGCAUGCACGAAGCCUAUUCCGCCCGAUUACCAUGGCCGUGGCCGUAAGACUACCAGCUCGCUUCGUCGUCGCGCCCAUCCUUACGCCUCCCAGCUUCCUCUCGACAUCAAAGGACUCCCCAAGCGACCUGGUGCUCGAGUACGGCCACCGGUACAUGCCAACGCGUCCCCGCCGUUGAUCACCAAUCCACAGCCUGGCGGCGAAGGAGCUCCUGCAGCACCACCCGUCGAGACGCCCCUCGCCCCUCCCAAGAAAAAAGCGAAUCGUGCGUCUAACGCUCGAAACGCCUUGGCUAAGGACAGAAAGGCGCAAGACAAGCUCAUUUCAGCUGCGAGCGCCAUCGAGAUCCUCGAAGCGUACACCAACCCCGAACACGUCGACAAUGCAUUCGCCGAACCGCUGGAUAAGUACGACAUCCAUAUGGCCAACGAGCUGGCGAAGAUGGCCGAUCUGGCGCCGUGGUACGAGACGUUGCACCAGGAGGACCUGAAGGUGCAGCGUGCCAAGUACUCUUCGCGGACGCGGGCCCUGAACCAGUACGCCGCGGAAUACCUCGAACAGAUGAAGCGGGAGAUCGGACCCGAAACGGAGGCAGGCCAGGCCAUGGCGAUGGAAGCCGCACCGCCUGAGGAGAGGCGCCGCCUCAAACGGGAACGCAGGGAGUUGACGAGGCUGCGGAAGCAGGAGGAACGCCGCCAGGAAGCAGAACGCCUCGCCAAGCUCGCAAGGCUGAAUGCCAUUCAUAAGCAACACAUCGAAGAGGCACGACGCAAGCAAGAGGAAGAAAGACGCAGACGUGAGGAGAAAGAGAGACGUGCUGAGGCGGCACGAAAGGCGAGAGAGGAGAGGCUAGAGGAGCAAGCGCGUCGCAAAGCAGAAUCCCUCCGCAGAGCAGAGGAGCGACGCGCAAACGAGGAGCGGGCGCGUCAGGUUGUGGAGGCCUUCGAGCUCUACGAUGCGAAAUGGGAGGCGUUGAAGUGUGCAGAGGCGCUAACGGGUAUCCCGGGAGAUCUAAUGCCUUGGCCGGUCUUCCAUGCGGUCUACUCGCCGGAGCACAUUACCUACGAGGCGGUGAAGGAGUUCAUCCUCCACCCGUUGCGCGCGAGCGCACGGGGGAUGUCGUCUAGGAAGAAGGUCAUCACCGAACUCUUGCGAUGGCACUCCGACAAGUUCGGGAAGGUCGCUCUGCUCAAGGUGCGGUCGGACCACCAGGAGGCUGCUAAGGAAUGUGCCGGCGUGGUUGAGCGUUGGCUGACGACUCUUCUGACGGAAGUGCAGGCGUAAUGGUAUCGAGCCCAUGCACGUCACCCGGAACGACUCUGAUAAGUAGAUUGUGCGAACAAUAUGCCCCUAUGCCUGUAUGUACAAUGUAUAACCAUGUAUGCCCGUC